AUGAGGCAAGCGCCCCUGGCCCUGCUCAUCGCUGCGGCGGGCCGGACCGACCUACCGACCGACCGCCGCGCCACAGGUCCUUUUGGAAUAAAUCAUGGGAUUGAGCUUCAUUCAGAUGUGGUGGAAUAUGCCAAGGAAAAACUGGAGAGCUUCAUCAAAAAUAGUGAUAGCUUUGAUAAAUUUGAGUUUUGUGAACCUGCAUUUGUGGUUGGUAAUUGCCUCCAGAUAGCAUCUGACAGUCAUCAGUAUGAUCGAAUUUAUUGUGGAGCUGGAGUCCAGAAAGACCAUGAAAACUACAUGAAAAUAUUACUAAAAGUUGGAGGCAUACUAGUCAUGCCUAUAGAGGAUCAGUUAACACAGAUUAUGCGAACUGGACAAAAUACUUGGGAAAGUAAAAAUAUCCUUGCUGUUUCAUUUGCUCCACUUGUACAACCAAGUAAGAAUGAUAAUGGCAAACCAGAUUCUGUGGGACUCCCCCCCUGUGCUGUCAGGAAUCUACAGGACUUGGCUCGUAUCUACAUUCGACGCACACUUAGAAAUUUCAUAAAUGAUGAGAUGCAGGCCAAGGGGAUUCCUCAAAGGGCUCCACCCAGAAGAAAAAGAAAGAGAGUUAAACAGAGAAUUAACACUUACGUAUUUGUGGGUAAUCAGCUCAUUCCUCAGCCUCUAGACAGAGAGGAGGACGAAAAAAUGGAAGAAGAUAACAAAGAAGAGGAAGAGAAAGACCACAGUGAAGCCAUGAAGACAGAGGAGCCACCUCAAAACUUACUGAGAGAAAAAAUCAUGAAGCUGCCCCUCCCUGAAUCUUUGAAAGCUUACUUGACAUAUUUUAGAGACAAAUAACUUAGGUCAAGAAGAAAGAAUGC